AUGGGUCAUAACGGAAAAAUUCAAAAGCAAGGAAGUUUCGAUGAAUUAUUAACGUUGCCCAAAGUUAAAAAAUCAUUCGAACAGCAGAAAAAACAUUCAGAUGACGCCAAUAAAAAGAAAAUUAGAAAUAAUACUGUUGAAAAUAAUGAAUUUAGUGAUGAUUUAUUCAAUACAAUUGAUAAGAAUAGUAUUUUAACCGGUGAAAUAUCUAUGGGUGGAACAAUUAGCAUCAAAGUAUGGCUUAAACUUUUUACUUCAUCAUAUGGCUGGUGUGGAUUCGUCGUAUUAAUCAUCCUUCUAUUAGUAGGCGAAGCGGUUUAUGAUGCAGGUAAUCGCUGGUUAAGUUUAUGGGCAAGAAAAUCGAAUGAUCAACAACGAGUAGAAUUUAAUGCUUAUGUUUAUUUAAGUCUUGCAAUCGGCACGUUAAUAAUUUCAUUGAUACGUGCUGAUUAUUUUUUUCACUUAAUAUUACGUGGCGCAUCUACCUUACACAAUAACAUGUUAAAGGGUGUUCUUUACAGUCCUUUAAGAUUUUAUGAAAGUAAUCCAGUUGGCCGGAUACUUAACAGAUUUAGUAAAGAUCAACAAGUUUUGGAUGAAUUAUUACCAUUAACAUUUUUUGAUACCGUCCAGUCAUUAGUAAUGACGGUGGGUAGUGUGGCCAUUAUUGGAAUUACUAAUCCGUGGGUAUUACUUAUUUUAAUUCUAAUUAUUCCAACAUUUCUGUGGUUGAGACGAUUUUAUAUACGUACAAGCAGGGAGCUUAAAAGAUUGGAUAGUAUAACUAGAAGUCCAGUUUAUGCCUUAUUUUCAUCAUCUUUAGGAGGCUUGAUGACAAUUCGGGCGUUCAAUGUUGAAAAUAAUUUUAUUGACCUAUUUAUUGAUAAAGUCAACACAAAUACACGAGCUUUUUUCAUGUUGGCCUGUACGAUCCGAUGGUUCGGUUUGAGAUUAGAUCUAAUGACAUCUUUACUUAGCUGUUUAACUGCAAUUUUAUCUAUUACAUUACGCAACCAUCUUGAUGCAUCAUCCGUUGCAUUAGGAUUAACUUACUGUAUUAAUCUGACAACUUUAUUCCAGUGGGGAGUGAGACAAUCGGCAGAUACAGAAAAUUAUAUGACAAGUGCUGAAAGAAUCUAUGAAUAUUCUCAUCUGCCACCAGAAGAAGAUUUUAAUUUAGAAGAUAGUGAACUUUCUGCUGACUGGCCAACAGAAGGAAAAAUUCAAUUCAAGGAUUAUGAGUUACGUUAUCGAUCCGAACUUGGACCAGUACUGAAAAAGAUAAAUUUAGAAAUUGAAUCCUGUGAUAAAAUUGGUAUUAUAGGACGAACAGGUGCUGGAAAAUCAUCCAUCUUUCAAGCAAUAUUUAGGUUGACUGAUAAAUCAACAUCGAGUGGACAAAUUUUGAUUGAUGGGGUUGAUAUAAAUACAGUUGGGUUGUGCACCUUAAGAUCAAAAUUAAAUAUUAUUCCACAAGCACCUGUAUUAUUUAGUACUACGUUGCGAUAUAAUCUGGAUCCAUUCAAGAAGCACACCGAUGAGGAACUCUGGGAUGCUUUAGAUAUUGUCCAAUUAAAACCAAUGGUGCAAAGUUUGAAAGACGGAAUAGAUACACAAAUGGCUGAAUAUGGAAGCAAUUUCAGUGUAGGUGAAUGUCAAUUGAUUUGUGUUGCACGAGCCAUACUAAAACCGAGCAAAAUUUUGUUAAUUGACGAAGCAACAGCAAAUGUUGAUACUCACACAGAUGAACUAAUUCAAAGAGUAAUACGCGAUAAAUUUAAAAAUCAGACAGUGUUAACAAUUGCACAUAGAAUCAAUACCAUUAUAGAUAGUAAAAAAAUUGUUGUUAUGAGUGAUGGUUGUGUUACUGAGUAUGGAAAAUCAGAGGCUAUACUGACACAUUUAGCGGUAACGGAUGAAGAAAUAAACGAAGAUAUGCAUUUAUGA